UUAUUAUUACGGUAGCUGUUGCCGGCCUUACGGCAUAAUAAAUAUUAAAUAAUGCUAAAAACGUGUACGAAAGGCUUGACAAGCAAUUGUGGUGCUUGGCGCUGCCUUGCAACGCAACCAACGUACAUGAACAUCUUCGAUAGAAAUACAAAGCGUCUGCAAAAAGAACGCGCCGCGCUGAGCGCAGAUGUGGCGACGUAUGACUACCUAAAGGAGGAGGUGGGCUUUCGUCUAGCGGAUCGCGUGUUUGACAUUAAGCGCGAGUUCAAGACAGCUGCCGAUAUUGGCUGUAAUCGCGGCUAUAUAUCCAAGCACAUACUCGCCGAGUGCGUGGAGCACCUGACGCUGACCGACACGAGCGCCACAAUGCUGGAUCAGGCGCAGGGCACACCAGGACUGAAAAUGCGCAAACUGGUGCAGGACGAGGAGCAUUUGGAUUUUGAGGAGAACUCGUUGGACUUGGUCAUCUCCAGCUUAAGCUUGCACUGGGUCAACGAUUUGCCCGGCUGCUUUGCGAGCAUUAAACGCAGCCUGAAGCCCGAUGGCGUGUUCAUAGCCUCACUCUUUGGCGGCGAUACUUUGUAUGAGCUGCGCUCCUCGCUGCAACUGGCCGAGCUGGAGCGCAAGGGUGGCCUCGCGCCGCAUGUUUCGCCCUUCACACAGAUCCGCGAUAUUGGCUCGCUGCUGAAUCGUGCCGGCUUUACCAUGCUGACAAUUGACACAGACGAGCUGGUCAUUGGCUACCCCAGCAUGUUUGAGCUAAUGUGGGAUCUCAAGGGCAUGGCCGAGAGCAAUGCCGCCUUCAAUAGGCCGGCGCAUCUAAGUCGCGAGACGAUGCUGGCUGCCAGCGCCAUAUACAAAGAGCUCUACGGCAAACCCAAUGAAGAAGGCGUACCGGCGACAUUUCAAAUUAUCUACUUAGUAGGCUGGAAGCCGGGUCCAAAUCAGCCUCAACCGCUGCCGCGCGGCACAGCCGAGGUAUCGCUUAAGGAUCUGGGCUCCAUUGUAGAAAAAGGCGGCAAAAUCAAAAUAGAUCCCGAUACGUGAACCUGUAGUCUGAUAAAAGCGUUACAAUAAAAUUCAAUUUUAAAGAUUAUUUUGAAACGCA